UGCGGUGUGUGUGUGGUCAGACACCCGCAUGGCACCGGGCCUGGCCUCAUUAGCAAAAGCAGGGGGAAGGGAAGUCUGUGGGCUGGGAGCAGGGCCAGCGUCACCGCCGGGGCAGGACACCACCAUUCCUAGAAGCCGCUUCAGAGUCCAGCCGUGUUUACGUCCUGCCCUCAUCGCCCCGCGGAGACGAACCCGCACCCCGUGAGUCAGAGAGCUUGUCAAGGGUUUGGCGCAAUCUUAUCUCGCACAUCCCAGCUGAACCCAGCGCGCUCUGGAGCUGUGCGUACCUCAAGAGGCAGUCGCCGCGAGCGAGGACAGCGAGAGGUGCUUGGACAGGGGCCGGGACUGUCACGGCCUCACGAAACCUGAGGGAGCAGGAGUCCGAAGGCCAGGCCAGCUCCAGCCUCACCGCACGACUCUGCGUGCCCCCUGCUGUACCCGCACGCUUUUCCUGCCCUGCUGCGUGCCGAGCCUCACUGUCACCCAUGCUGCACCUCCUCUGGGAUGGCAUCUCCUUCCAGGUGCUCUUCAUCUUCCUCUUCGUCUUCCUGCUCGUUGCCGACUACAUGAAGCGGAGAAAGCCCAAGGAUUUCCCCCCAAGCCCCUUUUCCUUCCCCUUCGUGGGAAACAUGCAAUUUCUGAUGAUCAGAGACCCUCAAGCCGUGAUGCAGAAGAUUAUCGACAAAUAUGGGAACAUCUUCAGCACAGAAAUUGGCAGACAAAGGUCUGUGGUUGUAAACGGGUUUCAGCUGGUCAAGGAAGUCCUUGUAAACCAGGGAGACAACUUCUUGGAUCGCCCUGAAGUGCCUAUCGACGCAGAGAUCUUCAGCAGCUUGGGGCUGAUCUCCUCCAACGGGCAUCUGUGGAAGCAGCAGAGGAGGUUCACCCUGACCACCUUCCGAAAUUUUGGCCUGGGGAAGAGGAGCCUGGAGGAGCGGAUACAGGAGGAGUGCAGAUUCCUCACCGACGUGUUCAGGGAGGAGCAGGGGAAUCCCUUCAACCCUCACUUUAAAAUCAAUAAUGCUGUUUCAAACGUCAUCUGCUCCAUCAUCUUCGGCAAUCGGUUUGAGUACCACGAUGAGAAAUUCCAAAAAUUGCUGCAGCUGAUGGAAGACACCGUUAGACUCCACGGGACCUUUAUGAGCCAGCUGUACAACUUUUUCCCCACAAUAGUAAAGUACCUGCCUGGAUCCCACCAAAACAUUUUUAGGAACUGGAAGCUGAUGAAAAGUUUUGUGAUUGAGAAGAUCAACCAACACAAGGAGGACUGGAACCCCUCAGAGAGCCGGGACUUCAUCGACAGCUACCUGGAAGAGAUGGCCAAGCCCAACGGCAGCAACUUGCGUGAGGAAAAUCUGGUGGCGUGCACACUUGACCUGCUGUUUGCCGGGACUGAGACCACCUCCACUACUAUCCGCUGGGCUCUACUCUAUAUGGCCAUGUAUCCCGAAAUUCAAGCCCGCGUGCAGGCCGAGAUCGAUGCAGUCAUCGGGCAGUUGCGGCAGCCAGCCGUGGAGGACAAGAACAAGAUGCCCUACACCAACGCUGUCAUCCACGAAGUGCAGAGGAAAAGCAACAUCAUCCCUUUCAACGUGCCCAGACUGACAGUGAAGGACACGUUCGUGGCCGGCUUCUGUGUGCCCAAGGGCACUGUUAUGAUCCCAAAUUUAACCUCUGUGAUGUUUGACAAGGAGGAGUGGGAAACCCCAAACACUUUUAACCCUGAGCAUUUCCUGAAGGAUGGUCAGUUCCAGAAGAGGGAGGCUUUUAUACCAUUUUCCUUAGGGAAGCGUGCCUGCCUGGGCGAGCUGCUGGCGCGCACCGAGCUCUUCCUCUUCUUCACAACGCUGCUCCAGAAAUUCACCAUCCAGGCUCCGCCGGACACCACCCUCACCCUCCAGUACAAGUUGGGCAUAACGCUGGCACCCCACCCCUACAAGAUCUGCGCUGUGCCGCGGUAGGGAAGCCAUGGCCACUGUUCUUGUAGAGAGAACAUCUUGGCUGCGAGGUACCAACCUCCUGCCUGCAGGGAGAGGCUUUUUUUUUUCUUUUAAAGCAAUUGCAAAAUCAUUUAUUUUUACAAACAGACCUUGCACUCUGUAUCAGAUCAGUUAGUACAGGAUCUGCCAGGGCACCUUUGGGGCUUGCAGCACAGCAGUGCAAUGAACGAGGGACUAAGGGAUUUCUUCAUUUUAUGAUGGAUAGCCAGAGUUCACCUUGGCAAGAAAAGUAGCAAUACUUUAGAGAAUGCUAUGUUCUCACUGUUAGUCCUUGUUUUACAACAUUAAUACAGGCAGCAACUGGUAACGUGUUUUGCUUUAUCUUUGGCAAAUAAUUUGUAAAUAAACAAACAAAAAUUAACAUCUCUCUUGUGCAUCAGUAAAUCCUUCCUGAAGCAU